CCCAACUUCACUGGUUUGCUGACAGACAGGACCAACCAAACCAACCCGACUGCUGCCUUCUCUCCUCCGUCAUCUUCAUUGUCAUCUUCAUCAUAUUCAACUUCUUCAGCAACAUCAACAACAUCAACAACAUCAACCAUGGCUACCAGUGGGGUGUUGAGACAGCUCAUGUACACGGCGCAUGGCCCGCCGCUGUCGGCGUUGGCCAUGCGUUCUGGGACAAUUCCAACGCCAGGUGCCAGUGAGGUGCUUGUCAAGUUCCUUGCGUCACCAAUCAACCCAUCCGACAUCAAUCAAGUGGAGGGCGUGUACCCCAAAUCCCCAAGCCUCCCUGCUGUCGGCGGCAACGAAGGAUUGGCCGAAGUUGUGCAGGUUGGCCGCGAUUGCGCAACAGACUUGAAAGAGGGCGACCGAGUCAUUCCCAGAUGGUCUUGCCUUGGCACAUGGACAAGCCAUCUGGCGAGCGACGCGGGGAACUUCAUCAAGCUGCCAGGAGACGUGGACCCGCUGCAGGCGGCAACGUUGAGCGUGAACCCUUGCACUGCAUAUCGCAUGUUGCACGACUUUUGCCAGCUCCAGCCAGGGGACUACGUGGUGCAGAACGGGGCGACGUCGGCUGUUGGCCAAGCAGCGAUUCAGCUGGCAAAAGUGUUUGGCUGGAAGACCAUCAACAUCGUUCGCAAGAGGCCUGAGGAUCAGGCCAAAGGGGAUGCAGAGAUGAGAGCGCACCUGCAGGAGCUGGGAGCAGACCACAUUGUGUAUGAUGACGAACUGAUGGAGCCAGACACGCGUGCACUGUUCAAGGAAACGCGACCACGGCUCGCGCUCAACUGCGUUGGCGGAAAACCGCUGUCGACGCUGUGCAAAGUCAUGCCGCAACACGGCACCGUGGUCACAUAUGGCGGCAUGUCCAAGAAGCCCAUCAUGCUGCCAACGGCGGCCCUCAUCUUCCAAGACCUGCACUUCCACGGCUUUUGGAUGACCCGAUGGAAUGACACAACGGACCUGGCUGAGCGGCAGCGCAUGCUCGACACGCUUCUGGACCUCAUUCGCAGCGGACAGCUCGCCACGCGGGUUCAAACGCAUGCGCUGGAGAACUGGGAGGAGGCCAUCACACAGGCGACAGCGCCGUACAAGCUGGACAAGCACGUGCUUGUCUUUUGACUGACGAAAAGAGGGAGAAGGGCGUCCCGUUUGAGCCGCUGUCACAUGUCACAAGGCCACACACGCACACACCCACAUUGCUUGAACGCCAUGUUACAAUUGCGCUUGCACAUAACCUCACAGGCCCAAGCACUUGCGCCCUAUUAAUGCACACACGAUGCACACACAUGAACACACACAAUACAUCGAAACCUACAUCAGC